AAAAGGAGAGAGAAUGCGUGGGUAAGAGUAGGGAUAUACCAGGAGGGAAACAGGAAUCUCUCUCUUUCAUUCUGUAGGAGCUCUUUUCCUCCUCCUCCUUCCUUCUUCACUUUUCCUCUUUGCCAAAUAAAGAAUCAAACUCAAAACCUCUCUUCAUUACCUCAUUUUAUUCCAAAACCCCAAAAUUCUCAAGCUUUUUCAAUUUUAUUUUUGACCCUUCAAAAAAAAAAAAAAAAAAAAUGAAAAACAAUAGUUGGAAAAAAAACACUUGUAAAAUAAAAACACAGUAGACUCUGUCUCUAGCCAAUAAUACUAGGCAGCAGUUGUCGUCUCAAAUACAAAACAUAGUAUGCGGAGAAAAUCGCAGCCGUGCUUUAAUCUCCUCCUCUCUCAUCUCCGCCGUUGCUCCUCCGAUCAACAAUACUCAUAUUUUCACUCCUUUCCUCUUGUAAAGCUCUCACAGUUUUUACUGUUAAACCCUUCCUCCGAUCAUCACACUCAAUGUCAAAGUUACAGCACUGGUAGCUCUAAACUGGGUUCUUCUUCAUUCUUUGGUCCUCAUUUUCAAUCAUCGAAACGGUUCGUUUUGUUGGGCUUGGUUUCCUUGGACGACAACAACAAGCUUCGCCGUCACCACUAUUCCUCUCAUCGCAAUUUUUUUACGAGGGCAAAGCAAGUGCAGAAGAUUGACUUCAGGGAUGAACACAGUCAAAGAGCAGUCACGACUGCAUUGUGGUGCAACUUCCUUGUCUUCUCUCUCAAGUUUGGAGUAUGGUUUACAACCUCUAGCCAUGUUAUGUUUGCCGAAGCUGUGCACUCAAUUGCAGAUUUUGCAAAUCAGGCACUUCUUGCUUAUGGUCUGAGUAGCUCAAGGCGUGCACCUGAUGCUUUACAUCCUUAUGGCUAUUCCAAGGAAAGAUUUGUUUGGUCUUUGAUAUCUGCUGUUGGUAUCUUUUGUCUUGGUUCUGGUGCUACAAUUGUUCAUGGGUUUCAAAAUUUGUGGACAUCACAGCCUCCUGAAAAUAUUAAGUAUGCAGCUCUUGUGAUCGGUGGUUCAUUUAUCAUUGAAGGUGCUUCUCUGAUUGUUGCCAUACAAGCUGUGAAGAAAGGUGCAGCGGCUGAGGGAAUGACCGUGCGAGACUAUGUAUGGCGUGGUCAUGAUCCUACAUCUGUUGCAGUCAUGACAGAGGAUGGUGCUGCAGUUACAGGUCUUGCCAUUGCUGCUGCAUCGUUGGUGGCAGUUAAUAAAACAGGCAAUGCCAUAUAUGAUCCCGUAGGUUCAAUAAUAGUCGGCCACUUACUUGGAAUGGUGGCUAUCUUUCUCAUCCAGAGGAAUCGUCAUGCUUUAAUUGGUAGAGCAAUGGAUGAUCAUGAUAUGGAGAAGGUUCUACAUUUCUUGAAAAAUGACCCGGUUGUAGAUGCUCUAUAUGAUUGCAAAAGUGAAGUUAUUGGACCUGGAUUCUUUAGGUUUAAGGCUGAAAUAGAUUUCAAUGGAUUGAUGGUGGUGCAAAAUUAUCUAAAAAGGACCGGACGUGAAGAGUGGGCCAGACAGUUUCGUGAAGCGGCAAAGGAGGAAAAUACUGCACUGCUCAAGGUCAUGGCGAGUUAUGGUGAGGAGGUGGUCACAGCUUUAGGAAGUGAAGUUGAUAGGCUAGAAAAGGAGAUCCAGGAGCUUGUUCCUGGUAUUCGGCAUGUCGAUAUAGAAGCUCACAAUCCAUCAGGCCCGAGCCCAUGAUCCACAUAUGUUUAUACAUAGGCUGUAUUCUUUUGUGCAUUCUUUUUUAUCAAUCUAACCUAUGAUUGUCAAUCAUUUUCUCAUUCAAUAAAAUUUUGUUACUUAUAAAAAAAUGAUUGCUUAUCAUUUUAAUGCAUCACAAGAGGGACAAAUUGCAAGUUGUACAGUGAUAUCAUGAAUUUCUAAUUGGAAAUCAACAAGUUAUCCCAGCCUGUGACCUUUGAAGUUAGAACUGCAAAACACUUGUACGGCUGUACUAUAAAGAAUAUAUCAACCAGUCUUCUUCUUAUUUUUAUCUAUAAUGGGGUAUUGAUAUUGUUUUUGCUUA